GACAGCGAACGCUGCUUCGCUCCCAAUCUUUCAAUUUUUUUGAACUUUUGAGUUGAAAGGGCCGAAAGGCGAAUCUCAAUGGCUUGGCUUCCAUCACUUCCCUGAUUUCUUCCCUCCAUUUCCACCCCCACUCUCCCUCCACCCACCAUUCCGAGCGCACCAGCCGCGUCCGACCAAUCUCGGGUUGCUCUCGUUUCUACCCAACAAGGUUUCCUUGGGAUGGAUUCAACCACACACAGUUUCCAGCGUCGGCCACUCUCAAUAAAACUCUGGCCGCCUAGUCAAAGUACUAGGAUUAUGCUUGUGGAGCGUAUGACAAAAAAUCUAAUAGCUCCAUCUGUAUUGUCUAGAAAGUAUGGCCUUCUGAGUAAGGAAGAGGCCGAGGAGGAUGCCAAGCGCAUUGAAGAGAGCGCAUUUGCUAUCGCCAAUCAACACAUGGAGAAGGAGCCAGAUGGUGAUGGGAGUUCUGCAGUACAAGUUUAUGCUACACAGUCAAGUAAACUUAUGCUGGAAGUCAUCAAAAGAGGCCCAAGGAUGAAGGUGGAUGGCGAGGCCAUUUUACCUGCAAAAGCUAUUGCUGCAAGUGAAACUGUCUUUGACAUCUCUGGAGGUCGACGGGCCUUUAUUGAUGCGGAAGAAGCUGAGGAGCUUCUUAAACCAUUGAAGGCACCAGGGAACUUCUACAAGAAAAUAUGUUUCAGCAACAGAAGCUUUGGCUUAGAUGCUGCCCGAGUUGCUGAACCUUUUCUAGUAUCUGUCAAGGAUAAAUUGACAGAUGUUGAUCUGUCAGAUUUUGUUGCAGGAAGACCGGAAGCCGAAGCUCUUGAAGUGAUGAAUAUUUUUUCUUCAGCCCUUGAAGGUUGCAACUUGAGGAGUCUGGACCUAUCCAACAAUGCAUUGGGAGAAAAGGGUGUCAGGGCAUUUGGAGCACUUCUAAAGUCUCAAAAUAAUCUCGAGGAACUUUAUUUGAUGAAUGAUGGUAUCUCUGAGGAAGCUGCUCUGGCAGUUUGUGAGUUACUUCCUUCUACUGAGAAGCUUAGGAUCCUUCACUUCCAUAAUAACAUGACUGGAGAUGAGGGAGCGCUUGCCAUUUCUGAGAUUGUGAAGCAUUCUCCGGUGUUGGAGGACUUUCGAUGUUCUUCUACGAGGGUAGGCUCAGAUGGUGGAGUUUCUCUGUGUGAUGCACUUAGCGCAUGUUCCCGGAUCAAGAAGCUUGAUCUGCGGGAUAACAUGUUUGGUGUCGAAUCUGGAGUUGCUUUGAGCAAGGCUAUCCCUUCAUUUGCUGACCUAACAGAGGUGUAUUUUAGUUAUUUAAACUUGGAGGAUGAGGGCACAGAAGCUCUUGCCAUUGCUCUCAAGGAAUCUGCACCUUCCCUUGAAGUUUUGGAAAUGGCAGGGAAUGACAUUACUGCAAAAGCUGGUGCUGUUUUAGCAGCCUGUAUUGCAGCAAAGCAGUUUUUGACCAAGUUAAAUCUGUCUGAGAAUGAAUUGAAGGAUGAAGGUGCAAUAUUGAUCGGUAAGGCUUUGGAAGAGGGCCAUGGACAGUUGGUUGAAGUUGAUUUGAGCACAAACUCGAUUAGAAGGGUUGGAGCAAGAGUCCUAGCCCAGGCUGUUGUGCAGAAACCUGGAUUUAAAAUGCUGAAUAUAAAUGCUAAUUUCAUUUCGGAGGAAGGGCUUGAUGAGGUAAAGGAUAUAUUCAAAACUUCUCCUAAUAUGCUUGGUCCACUUGAUGAGAAUGACCCUGAGGGUGAAGAUUUUGAUGAGGAGGCUGAUGAGGAAGGCGCUGGUCACGAGGAUGAAUUGGAAGCCAAGCUCAAGGAUCUGGAAAUAAAGCAUGAGGAGUAGUUUGGUUGAUUCUCUGAUUGUUCGAUUGAGAGAGUUUUUAGUAAUUUUAAAACUGGUUCAGCUCUAUUUGCAAUGUCUAGUUGCUUAAUUUUAGGUUAGUUAGGUGAUGUUCUUGUCAAAUCUGUCAUUGCAUGUGAAGUUCAGAAACAUGUAAGAUGAUGAUUUUUCUUGCUGGCAAGUUUAGCAGAUCAUCAUAGCAAAGCUCCAUCUGAAGGGUAUUUGAUAAGGUUACUUGGGAAAAUUUUUAAGCAUGUUUUGAAGUCUUGUAUAUCCUCGGGACUUCUCUA